AUAUAUAGCAAAGGGUCCUUAUUUAGUGCCCAAAAAUCUCUCAAGAAAUCAUACCAAAAAAGCAACUAGCACUUCAAAUUCGCUGUCUCAGUCCCUCGUAUCCAACUAUUUUGCUUAGGAUUUUCCUUCUUCAUCACAACCUCGUAAUAAAUUCGUUAAGUUCCUCCUUGUUUGGUCCCAAACAAUCUGAGAACCCUCUUUCAAUUCCUCUUCCUCAACUCCAUCGUUCAUCGCCGUCCACUAUUAUUAGCAAUUGGUAUUUAGUAAUUAAUUAAUUACUAACAUUAGUUAAUAAUAAUGGACCCUGCAGAGCUGAAGCGCGUUUUCCAAUUGUUCGACCGCAACGGUGACGGGAGAAUCUCAUUGAAGGAGCUGAGCGAUUCGUUGGAGAAUCUAGGCAUCUUGAUCCCGGACAAGGACCUUGCUCAGAUGAUCGAGAGAAUCGACAUGAACGGAGACGGUUGCAUAGACGUGGACGAGUUUGGGGACUUGUAUGAGUCCAUCAUGGAGGAGCCUGAUGAGGAGGAGGACAUGAGGGAGGCCUUUAACGUCUUUGACCAGAACCGCGACGGUUUCAUCACCGUCGAGGAACCAGGGACAGUGCUGGCCUCCCUCGGCCUCAAACAAGGGAGGACCCUUGACGAGUGCAAGAAGAUGAUCAUGAAAGUCGACGUUGAUGGAGAUGGCAUGGUUAAUUACAAGGAGUUCAGGCAAAUGAUGAAGGGAGGAGGCUUCACUGUCCUUAGUUAGCCCUACGUUUAAUGCAAAAGCAUGCUUGCCAUUACAAAAUGUAUCAAAUUUUCAAUUUAAUUCAAUUCACAUCUUGUAAAUAAGUUUGGCCAUCUAGGAGAUUUCAUUGAUUAAUGACUAUGUGUGCUUUUAGUUUCAA